AUGGGGACGGAGAAGAAAAAGAAAGGAAAUGACAAGAAAAGACACCGGCGGGCCGAGGGAAAGGAGGCGGAGUCUGCUGGACGGGAGGAAGUUCCACCCAAGAAACAGAAGAAAGCAGACAAGGGCUCGCCGUCGCAACCCGCCAACCCGUCCGCGGAGCAGAGCAAGAAGAAGCAGCCGGAAAAUCCCCUCCCGCGUCUGGAUCCAAAGUCGGUGGGAUAUUUCCGCAGGGUGGGGGAGACUCUUCAGCAAGGCUUCGGAUCUGAUUCGAUCGCCUAUAUCGCGGAGGAGGAGGCGGGCCCCGAUGAGGAGGCGGGCCCCGAUCUGGAGGAUCUGAUAUUGAGUCUGUGCGCAGAAGUAAAGGGGAAGUUUCUGCCGUACAAUAAGGACACGCAUGGCAGUUUCAUCGUACGGACCUUGUUACAAGUACUUAGCGGGACCAUCCUGAACCUGGAGGCCAAUAAGAAGGGAGCCCCGGGACCAACAGUGAGUUCUGAAUUUGAUGUUCCGGACACUUUUCUGAAGCAGCUGCAGGAGCUGAACGGAUUGUUUUGUGAAAACAUUGGAGUAUUUGCCACCAAUAAAGUUGCCAGUCUGGGGAUGCAGGUCGCCUUGCAGGUUCUACACAGGAAGUCGCCGUCCACUUGUGCUGCACUUUGUGAUGAUGUCAUCAAGUACCUCUCAUCCAGAAAUGCCUCUGCUGACAGCAGUUCCCUCCUGGUGUUCCUGAAGGAUGAGACCAGCAGCCGCCUUCUGGAGAGAAUCCUGGAAGUCAGUGACAAGAAACAACUUCGGCGUCUCUAUAAGAAGCACUUCCAAGGACAGCUGCAGGCGCUGUGUGCCCAUCCCAUCGCCAACUACACCGUGCAGAGGCUGGUCCGUGCCACCCAGACCAAGAAGCUGUUCUCCGUGCUGUUUGAUGAGCUGUCUCAAGCGAUAGAGGACAUAAUGGCCAAAGGUCACAUGGGUCUCAUCACCGGCCUGGCCGAAGCUUGCAAGAGGUUGUCGUGCCGCCAGUCGGAGCUGGUGUCCCAUCUCAUGGAGGCCUUCCACUGCGCAGCUCCGGCCUCCCGCCGCCUCACCUGCGUCCCGCUCUUCUUCUCACUGCUGACUUAUGAGGUUUAUUAUAAGACCGGAGAGGAGGAGACACCGCCAGAACACACGGAUAACGCGGACGCCAAGCUGCAGUCGGUGAACUAUCACGGCUCCCUGCUGGUCCAGCACCUCCUGCACUUUGAGGACCCUUUACCGGCUCUGCAGAGUCUGGGGAACAUGGCGGAAGAUGACCUCCGUACGGUGGCUUGUAGCCAGGCCGGCAGCCAUGUGUUCGAUGCCCUCCUCAACAGCAGCACUGUAACGGAGAAGCAAAGGAAGAAGGUUUUACGGAAACUGCGGACCCACUCUGUGGAUUUGGCGCGCAACAAAUAUGGAAGCCGAGUGCUGGACCGUAUCUGGAACGCAUCCACCAUGGGGGUCAAAGAGGAGAUUGCGCUGAAGCUGGUUGAACGGCUCCGCGAGCUGCAGAACGAUCCCGUCGGUCACCACAUCGUCCGGAACUUUGCCCUGGCGCACUUCGUGAACCGGAGGAAAGACUGGGAGGAACAUCAGCAGGCGGAGAACAAACGGCGCAAGAUGUUCGCCGAGAUCCUGGAGGACUGA